AUGCUGGUUCAACUCCCAGGGCCCGUUUGCCCGGAGGAGGAUCAGCCGCUUCAUCCGGCAAUGAGCUUCUUGUCCAUUGGCUGUGCGGUGCAGAAGGCCUUGAUGAAGAAGGGCCUUCUCCCUGCAGAGCUCACUGCAGCACUUGGAGUCCCACCCGACUGCGGUGCGGUAGCUCCGGCAGAAGUUCCUGAGCCGAGCCCCUAUGGCAUGGCGAGGUAUGUGCGUGAUCGGUGGAAGAACGACGUGCCCAAAUGCCGCUGGAUCAGCAGCUUCCUCCAGCAGGCCUUGGCCGCUGCUGAGAAGUAUGAGCUGAGGGUCUGGGAAGGCGGCUGGGUCGCCGUCAUCAGCAUCAUCCGCCGCUUUCCACAACUUCACGAGGCAACCUUCGGCACUCCGCAUGCUCUGGUGCGGAUGCUGGGCAAGGACCCAACGAGGGCUCUUGAAACCAAGCUCCGCCACAAUCAGAUCGUGGUGAGGCGCGUCGAGGCUUCCGAGCGGUUGCAGACCUUCGUGGAGUCAUACGCCUCGCGCCUACCGCCGCUGUCCUGUCUGGAGGUAUCAGAGCUGCUGCAGAAUCCACAUGUGAAGCGCCUGUUUCAGGGGUCAGAACUUCCACAUCGGCCGCUGCUGGAAUGCCUCAGGCCAUGCUGUCUCUUUGACGUCGACCCCCGAGCCACAGCUCUCACUCUCCGCCCGCUCUCUGAGCGUCUGCGCUUGGGAUUGGAAGAUCUUUGUCGGUGCCCUGAGGGGCACCUGUAUCGCAAGCUGCUGCGGGGUGAAGGAACCGUCGCGUUGUCAUAUAUGCUGCGUAGAUUCGGGCUGCGGCUGCUGGGGGAUGGCAAUUUGCGCCUGUCACCGCAGCAAGCGUGGGAAGCCCUUGGUCCAUCCACGGAGCUGGAUCUGGACCCGAAAGCAGUGACUCUGACUCUACGGGACUGGCAGAGCAAGUCGGCCCAGCCGGCUCUGAUGCCGAUUCCCUCCUCUCGCGCCAAGCUGAACUACCUGACCCACACGAAGCCCGGCAAAGGCUAUCGCAGAACCUACCAGUGGCAGCCUUGGCUCCUCUGGCGCAACGUGAGGAAGCUGAGAGAGGUCUUGGAGUUCUACACAGAACCCUUCAGUGUUCAGAACAACCGGCUGUUCUUGCAGGGCGGGGAGGGAUGCGGGCUUUGGCCACUGCAGCCUCUGGUGCUGAAGCUGGCGCGCCUGGCGAACUACGUCGGCGGCAUGAACCCUUCUGAGCUGAGCUUCAUGCUCGGGCUCCUCUGCCAGGAAGGCGCCAAAAACUUCGAGAUCAUCUCGGCGCUGGACACGGAGCAGCCGCUUUUGAAGCUGCGCUACCACCCAGACUUCCGACAUCCCCUCGUGGCAAACAACGCUCCAGACUGGGUGGCUGAGAUGUUCGCGACUGCAGAGGAGGAGUUGCCCUCCACGCCGUCGGGAUGCACUACGCUGCUGUCUUGCAACCUCCGAUGCGAGGAGUCGCUGGACACCCGCCUCUUCGAUCUGAUGGGCAAGGAGGCAGAGAGGGCGCCUCGGCUCGCGCGGCGGAGGUGGCAGAACCGCUUGCUUCGGCAAUUCGUUACGUACGAGCCGGACAUCCUUUGCUUGCAGCAGGUGGAGGCCGACAUCACCGCUCCGCUCACUGGAGCGGAGUUUUUGGAGACAGGUGAUGCAGCUGCUCACGAGCUCGCGCCCCAGGGCAGAGCGCGAUUGUCAGAAGCCACACUGCUGGCUGCCAUCGUGCACCGACUCGAAUCCGAGGACUACGAGUGGUGCGCAGCGCCCGUCGGGGAUGCGAGCGGCUGCGCCAACGUGGUGUUUUGGAAGCGCUGCAAGUGGUCCGCCAUGUGCUGGGGGCAAGGCACCGGUGGAGCAAUUUGCAUCAGCUUGGCCGAAGUGCAGGAGGAGCAAGCACUGUUGCCGACUGUUGUGGUGAACAUGAGUGGAGCGUCCGAAGAGGAUUUUGCAGCUACCUUGCAAUCGCUGCGGGGCACCGCCCCGCUGAGUGGCGCAGCGGCUGAGGAUUCUGGCGCGACCCCCUCGAUCAUUUGUGCAUCGGCAGGCUUUGACCUGGCAAAUCAAGCGCCCACGAUCUUCGAAGAGCAGGGCCUCGGGCACAUGCGAAGCGCGCACCUGGAGGUGCUCGGUGAAGAGCUGCCAUGGACGGAGAUCGUGGCCCCAAACACUGCCGAGGAGCACCUGAGGUGCUCUGAUGGAGUCUGGGUCGCCGGCCGGGCUUUGGGGGCGCUGUCGGGCCACAAGUUCGGACCACGAAGGCAAGGAGAGCGCGUGUGCCGAACAACUUUCCCCUGCGACCACCUGGCCUCUGUAGUUGUGCUGGAGACUGGAUCCGCUGAGCAAGUGGCAGAUCGCCUCGCCAAUCUCACUCUCCAGUGA